ACAAACUGCACGCGCGAACUCUUCACCCUGUUGUCAGCAUGACAACGAACCCAAACAUACAGCCGGAGUCAUAAAGAACUUUCUUCAGGAACAAGCAGUCCUGCAACAGAUUGUCUGGCCUCCACAGAGCCCUGCUUUCAACAUCAGAAUGGGACUACAUUAAGAGACAGGAUACACUGACACGGCCUAAAUCCACAAAAGAACUGUGGCAAGUUCUCCUAACAACUUGGAACAACCCAUCUACCAAGUACCUUGAAAAACUGUGCAAGAUAGUUGGUGCUGUUUUAAAGGCAAAGGUGAAUCUUGGAGCUAAAGAGGCUAGUAAUGACCACCAGCAGCAACUGUUCAGUUCUUAAAGAUGUUGUUGCCUAUGUUGACGUGUGGUCAUCAGACAAAACAGCAAACUAUUCAAAACCAUUUGUUCAGCAGCUGCAGGAAAUGGGUGCUCAGAUUUCGAAAACAUUCAACAAACAAGUCACACAUGUAGUCUUCAGCAACGGUCAUUCGGCUACGUGGACAAAGGCCAAGAAAAGUGAUGUGAAACUGGUCUCUGUUCUCUGGGUAGUCAGAUGUAACGAUGAUGGUGUGCGUGCGGAUGAAGAGUUGUAUCCAGCUUUAAAUGAAAGCAAUCCUGUGUUAAAGAACAAGAAACAUCGCUGCAUGCAGCCAAAAGAUUCUCCAGAGAGGACACCUGAAAAUGACAAGCGCAUGAGGAAAAAAUUAGAUAAGAUGAUGAAAGACCUCGCUCCAAAACAACCUCUGGUUACAGAUGUGUCGCCCAUCAUCAUCGAUGAAGAGAGUGGAAUAGUCUAUAGUCCUGCAUUGAAAAGAUCAGAUUAUAUGGCACAGCGUUUGAAAGACAUGAAAGAGAAGCGGGAAAACCUCUCACCCACUGCGUCACAAAUGGUUGAAUCCUGCUCACCCACUGGACUGAAGCCUACUAUUGGGAGCACACCAACUGUCCUCAAAUUAAUGUAUGACCAGUCGGAUGAUGAUUCCAGUGCUUCUGUUGCUGAACCUGGUUGUUCACCUGAUAAAGAAGAAGGGAGAACACAUGUUACUGACCACGGCCAUAACGAAAAACACCACAGGAAAGGUUCUGAAAAGCCCUGGCUGUCACCCUGCCGUGAUGUGCCAAAAAGGAUUUCAAGUCCUUUGAAAUUUCCUGACCUGAAGGACAAAAAGGACGAAGGAUGCAAUAGACAAAAAAAGUCAAGAAGGACUUCAGUCAGAAAAAAGCCUGCAGAGAAUCACAAAUGUGUAGGUUUAUUAGAAUGUCCUGGCCAGGAUACUAGUCCUGACGACAGCAAGAACUUUCAGAAAGAAAAAUCACCUAGCCCAUUACCUAACAAGUCUAAAAAGGGAAAGCGAAAAAUUAAAGCAUCUAAAUCUUUUACAGAAACUAAGACCAAUAUUUGUCCUGAUGAUGUGAAUUCUUCCAGUUGCCUCUCAUCACCAUCUAUGUCAGUUGAUGCUGCAGUUGGACCGUCAAAAGAAACUGCUGCUCCGUUACAAAAACAGAAAAUACACAAACGAGCCAGACCAUCACUUUCUGCCUUGGUACGAUCUUUCACUCUAUCUGGUGAAUCUCAGAGUGUUGCCUCAGUUUCAACUGAUGGAGAUGAUAAUGUGUUUGAGGACUAUUUCUCCCCAGCUAACCACCACCAGCCACCUAAAAGACCUCUAAUGUCUAAUCUACCUGUGGAGAGGGACGUUCACAUUCCUUUUGAGUUGGACUCUGUCCCAAUGAAGAGAAAACGAAGAAGUGAAAGCGUUGGAUCUGAAACUAACAGUAAAAAGAAUAGGAAACUGGAAGAAGGUCAGAGUGGUAGAAAUCGCAAUCACCAGUCUGAUGCACACAGUCAUCCACAACAUGAUGUGGAAGAACCUCGGCCUGGAUUGGAGUGUCCAAGUACCAGUGCACCACUGGUGGCUAAAAAGCGAAGACAGAGCACCUUGCCCUUUACAAGCACCAGUACAACUACAAGUGGUGCAGGAAAACAGAGAAGAGCAUCUACAUUAGUGCAACCGACAAUGUUAACGGAGGAUAACACAGUAUCAGAGCUACAGAAAAACUCUGUCAGUGUCCUUUCUCACACCUUGGAAAGUAGAGGAAAUGAAUGUACAGUUGCAGCUGGCUUAACAGAGAUCCCCUCUGAAGGUGAAGAAAAUCACAAUAAGCAAGUCAGCUCGAGUCUUCAGAAAAUGGUCAACAAAACAAAGGCUAUGAGAACAUUGGUCAUGACAAGCAUGCCCACUGAGCAGCAGCACACAGUGGUUCAGGUGGUGAAAGCACUGGGUGGUUUUUCAGUCGUUGACCGUGUUUGUGAGAGCACAACUCAUGUGGUGUCUGGGGGUCACCGGCGGACUCUCAAUAUUCUGUUGGGCAUAGCUCGUGGCUGCUGGAUCCUCUCUUUUGAAUGGAUUCUCUGGUGUUUGGAGCAAAGGCAGUGGAUUCCAGAGGAACCAUAUGAACUUUCAGACCAAUUUCCAGCAGCACAGAUCUGUCGUCUCCAGAGGCACCUGUCUGCCGGGGAACACCAGCAGGACCUGUUCGAAGGCCAGCCAGCCAUGUUUGUGUCCCAGCACUCCCAGCCACCCACUCAGAGUCUGGUGGAGCUGAUCCAGCUCUGUGGAGGAACAGUCUGCAGCACCGUGCGGCAGGCAGGUAUCUGCAUAGGAAGGUACAGCGGCAGGAGACCACAGGGAAGCAGGAUCCUGUCUGAGCAGUGGGUGCUGGAUAGUAUCACACAUCUGAAGCGGCUGUCGUAUGAUAACUACGAUUUGGAGUGA